AUCCUGUUAUUGCAGAUUACCCAGGUGUAUGGAUUUUAUGAUGAAUGCCUGAGAAAAUAUGGCAAUGCAAAUGUCUGGAAGACCUUCACAGAUCUUUUUGAUUAUCUCCCAUUGACAGCAUUGGUUGAAUCUGAAAUUUUUUGUCUGCACGGUGGAUUAUCGCCAAAUGUUGAAACCCUCGAUAGCAUUAGGAGCUUUGAUCGUGUUCAAGAAGUUCCUCAUGAGGGGCCCAUGUGUGAUCUUUUGUGGUCUGACCCUGACGAUAGAUGUGGUUGGGGUAUUUCUCCACGUGGCGCUGGCUACACUUUUGGCCAAGAUAUAUCUGAGCAAUUCAACCAUACCAACAAUCUCAAGUUAAUAGCCAGAGCUCAUCAAUUGGUUAUGGAGGGAUAUAACUGGGGCCACGAACAAAAGGUGGUUACCAUAUUUAGCGCUCCGAAUUAUUGUUACCGGUGUGGGAACAAGGCAUCAAUAAUGGAAUAUGAUGAGUGCAAAGGACAGACCUUUAUUCAGUUUGACCCAGCACCUAGGAGAGGAGAGCCCGACGUAACACGAAGGACGCCUGACUACUUUCUCUAAGCAAGAUGGCCAAGAACCUACUGCUGGAUUCCGACGACGGUGUGUAAUGCUCACUAGACAAGAUUGUGAUUCAGAAUCCUCAAGAUUUGAUGCUAUUUUUUUUUUAUUUGUAAGUUUCGGCCCCAUGUCGUUUAUCAUGAUCCAUUUCUCAUCGAAAGUAAUGAGGUCGAAGUGUGGUAGUGUAGAAGCAUCGCACAUUUUUGAGGGCUCUUCUCCCUUCAUUCUCUGUUGCUGCUCUUUAAUAUUGUAGAGGGACUUGAGUUAGCUCUAUUAACAAUUUGAUUUUGUGCA